AUGUAUGAAGCGAUUAUUGUACGGCGAAGAGCGCUCAUUGGAAUGCGGUUAGACUUGGUGAUCGCUAUUGCUCUGUUGUUAGUGUCACAGAUAAGGUCGAAUUACAUCAUCCUACGUCCCUUAUCACUUUUCAUACAACAGCACUGGCAUAAUAAUAUAUCACAGAUACAUCGGUUAAACGUUUGCAAAUAUUCUAAAGUGAGAAUUGAAGCUAUCAAGAGGGUUUUUAUCAUCGUUAGCAAAACACAAUGGUGCAAUGAAGUGAUCAAAACGGUGUUUGGCGCAAGCGUCGCAACAAAGAGGAACAACUCGAAUGUUAUUGCAUGGGCUACGCCAUAUAAUCAUACCGGAUGGAUGAAUCCGGGCAGCAGAUGUGAAGAUGAUGCGUACUUUGAUAACGCUACUAAAGUUGCUUAUGGAUUAGCAAGGGUGGAUUUGUUUUGCCGUAAAAGACGAUCACGUUUAGGGCCACGGAUUUGGAAACGAUCUGUUAUGAAAAGCAAGCAGAAGAAGCAUGAAAGUCGUCCAUACACAGUUCGAAGCGACGAAAGCCUUUUUACUAUUACAAUCGGCGUUCUGUUAUACGUCGUGUUUGGAAUAUGUUUUUUGGCUGCUAACUUGGCAUACUUGUUCGGUAUAUUCAUCGUUUAUGACUCAUCUGUCGUUGAAGGAGAUAAAAAGCGAACAUCAAGCAAAAGAGCACAGCCGAUGAAGUGCUAA